AGAAAGUACAGCACGCUGAGGAAACAGAAGAAAGCGCUGCUGGCCUUCAAGAAGCAGAGUUCAGGAGCUCAGAGCAGCAAGGGAGGCAUCAAACGCUCGCUGUACGACCAGCCGCUGACCGACACAGCCACGACCACAGUGGAGGCCAAGAUGCUGGAGAACACGGGAGCCAUCAGUGCCAUCACAGCCGAGAACAAGAACUCCGGCUUCAAGCGCUCACACACCCUGGAGGGGAAGCUCAAGGUGAGAGAGUGCACGUGGUAG